UGUUCAUAGUUAGCUAAACAAGACGCAACCCGCCCCAUAUCCGUUUCUCUACCAUACGACCAACGGGUUUUUCCCGGGCUCCCAUCACCAACCUCGCAUUCGCUCCGCAGUAUUGGCCAAGAUGGCGACUGGUUUCGCCCCAUUCGAAGAGACGAGCAAGGAGGGGGAGUUUAGGGAAGAUCUCAACCGCAUUCUCAUCUGCCCCGAAUGCAAAGAGGAUCCGCCUCGUCUUGUCGAGGAGUACUCCUCUGGUGAUAUGGUUUGCGGGACGUGUGGCCUCGUGCUGGACCGCAUCAUCGAUACCCGGUCCGAAUGGCGUACUUUCUCCGGCGACGACAAUGGAAGUGACGACCCUUCUCGUGUCGGCGACGCGCCCAACCUCAUGAUCGACGGAGACCAGCUGCAGACGGCCAUUGCUUUCGACGGCAAGGGUGCCAAGAACCUCGCCCAUCUCCAAAACAAGAUUAACCAGGACAAGGGAACCAAGGUCCUCCUUCAGGCCUACAGAGACAUCCAGGCUCUGACCGAUAGCAUCAAUGCAGGCACCCAGGUCGCCAACACCGCCAAACACAUCUUCAAGCUGGUCGACGACAACAAGGCGCUCAAGGGCAAAUCACAGGAGGCCAUCGUUGCUGGCUGCAUCUUCAUCGCUUGCCGGCAGACCAACGUGCCGCGGACCUUCCGGGAGGUCUAUGGCCUGACCAAGGUGUCCAAGAAGGAGAUAGGGCGCGUCUUCAAACAGCUUGAGUCCUUCCUGCAGAAGAUGGGCGGCGAGGACAAGAUCGCCAAGGCCACGGGGUACAGCCAGCAGUACACCGCCAAGGGCUCCACGACAGCCGACGAACUUUGCAUCCGUUACUGCAGCAACCUCGGAUUCCGCAACGCCGUUCGUGUCGAGAGCGUCGCUCGACGCCUCGCCGAGAAAUCGUCAGAGGUCUCGGACCUAGCUGGCCGCUCCCCACUCUCGGUCGCCGCCGCCUGCAUCUACAUGGCGUCUCACCUUGUCGGGGAGGCGCGGAGCACCAAGCAGAUUUCGGUCGUUUCCAGCGUUAGCGAUGGAACCGUCAAGACCGCAUACCGAUACCUGUAUGCCGCGAAGGACACCAUCCUGACCAAAGAAGUUUUCUCCGAGGAGAUGUUUGGCGAAGUUCUGGCCAACGUCGAGAAGGUGCCGGUCAACUAGUCAUUUACACGCUACCUCGGAAAUCUCCCCGUUCCACGAUAUCGACCCCGCAGGUGUUGAUACACGCACCGGCCGCACUAGCAAAUUAGCAGGCACGCAUAGGAAGAACGUGGAUCUGGACGAGACUAUGUUACGCCACGAGACUGCAUAUUACACUUGGUUUCCUAUGGCAUAGAUGAUGCGGCGUGACAGCUGAUGG